AUGGAAUUGCAAUGUGUCCUCACCGUGAUGACAGCGAAACUCGCAGAUUUGCAACCAGACACUGCCACUGCAGAAGCGCAUUACACUCACUCUAAUAGAGUUGCAACGCAACUCCGCGGUGUCGGUUUCCGCGAGCUGCGCUCUCGUUCAGAACACGACUCUGCCUACGUUGUUGAGGACUGCACCAUAAGGUUUGUUACCGAUGAGCUCGCUUCCGAUUGCGUGUCAGUAUAUCAAGCCAUGAAGAAAUACACGCACCGUCGAAAUACAUAUCACCGAAACCGAACAGCCGCCAACAGCGACAAAAUCAAGCAAGACUUUAGCUACGAGAUACUGGCUGCACGCCAAACGCGCAGAACAUGUAGAGUGCUGACCGAUUGCCACAUUCUAUUUGGACAGACGUACAAGUUUAUUGCGGCACUUCGACCAGGAGCUACGCAGAGGGGCAAAAGAGCUCCGAUAAAGGCACUCAAUGUGGGCCUCUCGGAAGGCCUCGAAGCGAGUUCCUAUCCGCUGCCAUUUAUCGGACAAGGCGCGAGAGCAUGGCUUCCCGACACCUCUCUGAUAUCUUCCGCCUUGCUCUUUUUCCGAGACCCCUUUGCAAUCGCGGUUUUUUACGGGUUCCUGGCGCUGCAAGUGGGCGCCCGCGUCAUAGAAAAUGACUUCGGUACCACGCAGUCGAACCCUGAACCAACGGUGACUCUCGAACUUUCUUCUGGAAAGCGCAGUAGAUUUACUCUCGCACUCCAUCGGCGACUUAAGAAAAAGUCCCAACACGCCCCGGGAAGGAACUGCGGGUUGGAGUGUUGCGAGUCGAGCAUCGCCAACUUCCCAUCAUUCUCAAGAGCGGCACAUAGAACUAUCAUGGAGCCCUGCGCGGUCGAAAAAAGCUCCUGCGGACGCGCCUCCCAGGCGCGUCCGCAGGAGUCGUCGCCCCUUCCGGGGCUCCGAACAGACCCUUCACCGACGUACGUGGAACAAAGUCAGGUAGGACAAGGAGCAACACUCAAGGGGAGCGGUAUCGUACUAGACGAAGAGUCUAAACUAGGGCUCAAAACUAUCCUAACUUCCUACCACCUACACUACGGUCAUUCUACUUCACCUUCAAGACCGCCGGCAGUUUGUGCAAAACUUUUUUUGAAAGAAGAAGGAAAGAAGGGGAAGGUGCCCCCAGUUGUGGGUGCUAGCUCCCCAGAGGAUAUCCGAUGUGUAAAGAUCUCCACGUCUCAAGAAUCUGAUGUUCGAGAUGGCGUUCGGGCCAUGAGGACUCGGGAACACGGUCCAGAACGCCGCCCCCUCGAGGCGAAACACUUGAUUCGAGAAAGACAAAAUUUUGUAACGCGGGUGAAGAAAUUUCCGACACUAGGGGCGAAAGCAUCGCCGCCCGAGUGGCUGUCAAAAGCCAGUUUGAAUUCGGUUGUCGCCCGGCAGAUCAAAUCGAGUUAUCAGAUGGACCUUGGCAUGGCUGGAGAAGCCCCAACUGAUAGACCGUUUGUAGCGAAAACUGGGAUGGCGUCGACGACAAUGGACCUUUGUGAGGGAACGGCAAAAGCAACGUAUCACAUACCUGGAUAUAGUGGCCACAUACCUUGCUCGUUACGCGACCCUACGGUAAAGGAACAGGCCGAUGGCGCAGCUGCUCGGCCCAUGAGGUCAAACUUGCGCCUUUAUCACAGGCACAAUCUUCCAGGCUACACAGGACAUAAUCCAUCAACCGCAAAAAAUGACAAGGGUCCUCGCUUUUCGGGCUCGAAUCCCCUUACUUCGUCUGGUGCCAUGGUAGUUUACCCUCAGCCUGACUCCGGCUCGUCGCGCGUGGUCAUGGAGCGCGAAGCCUGGAGCCAGGGUGGCGGCGGUGGACACGUCGUACCCAUGGGGAACUUGGACGUCCUCCGAGCCCUGUCUCCCCGGCCCUUUUCCCUCGCGCGAGGGGUCGGGUCGUAUAAAUAUCUCAGCUUGGCCACCAUCGCGAUGCAAUGUCGCAUUAAAUCGCGACUGGUGCAGGUGAAUUUGGAGCUCGAUGAUAAACGGGAAGCAGCAUAUCUUCUAAAAGACGCAAUCGAGAAGGAAACGUCGGCACAUUGGCGGGAAGUUGGAGGCUUUCACGAACAUAGUAGCACGCGCAUGAAGGAAGCAGUACAAGCACAGCACAUUGUGCUUUCAAAAAGUCUUGGCGAAGUUGAUGUUCUUUUGCGUACCAAAAAGCAGCUUGCCAUAGAAUGCAAAAAGCUCACCAUGCAAGCAAAGGCCAAGGAGAAUGAGUCACGUCAUGCGUUAGAUAGUGUGGGGCGUGAUCGGCGUGUGGAAGCAAAAGAAGCGAAGAUUGGGUGCAUCGUCGAAUGGAGUGUGUGCGCAUUCAAACAGAAAAUAUCCGAGAGCUCACGGUGAAGGGACUGGAACCUGAACUGAAGAGUCUCAUGGAAAAGCACCACAGUAACCUGAUGCAAAUGUGCACGGGUCAUGAGAUUUCAGGGCGAGCAUUGCGCACAGAGUUACAUGGAAAGCUGUCCACCCGGCAAUCCACAUUGUGGGAGGCAGCUCGAGAAAAAAUCCUAGCCAGGGAACUUGAGGAGAAUAUGCGAGUGGGGGAGAGUGGAGCUGAGAUGGAAACAGAUGCUCGGGACCGUUAUGCUGUAGCGGUGAGAGAGCGAGCAAAUGAAUCAUCACAGUUGCGAGCAGAGCUAGAGGAGCAGAGAUAUUCGGACGCUUUGCGCUGCCAACACGGCGACCUCCUAGCUUUGAAUAAUAAACACAUAAAUGCGACGAGCGCGAGGCUCGCGCACGACCGGAACAUUGUGAUGCGCCUCCUGAGCCACGGGCGAAGUGUCGUAGGUAAAGCACGGCUGUCUGACCAGACCACAUGGUCAAGUUACAUUACAGCACAAUGCAACGCUUUUGUGGAGGCUACCAUCUUGGAGACGACAGCAGAUUUUGAGAGGCAGCGUGAUAUGACCAUCGACGCCACAAUUCAUCAAGUCCAACGGUCAGCUCUAGCUUGGGAGCGAGAUAGAACACAAGCUGUGGAUGCUGAGUGCAUGCGCCAGAGGAGUAUACACCUAGUUGCUGUCGCCGCGCUGCGCACAGAGCGCACCGAGUGGGUCAACAGGCACCUCACAGCCCUUCGGAACGCGCAGAUCAUGCGCGAAGAGCUCACGAGGCUCCGCGUGAAUGAGUCUAGAAAACGGCAGGAUCGCACCGAGGCUGAGAUCCGAACAGAAGGACCACGAUUGCAAGGCAAGGACCACGCACAUGUCCUCGCGAGCAAGUACUUGGUGCAUAAAAGUGCCCAAGCAAGCAUACUAGAUGACCUACACCAUUCGCAUGUGGCGGCAGACGCCGCCGCAGUCACAGUGACAGCGAGACUUGAGCAAGCUUCUGAUGCUCAAAAUCGCGCCAAACUGCGACUUGCCAAACAACACCAGAGCGCCCUCGCUGCUAAAGACGAGGAAGUGAAAUCGCAAUUUCAGGCCAUUGCGGGUGAGAUACUUGAAAUUGAGGAUGUCCUCGAUGUCGAACAUGUGAGGCAUUCCCACCUUGGCUAUCUAGCCACUACCUAUCGAGGUUAGGUUGGAAGUUGGCGUCUGCUGCUGCACCAAAGGGCCGGCUCCCUGAUCCCGGGGCCGGCUCCUCCCGGGCUCCUCCUAGUAACAUAUCCCGCCGGCGGGAUAUGUUAAACGCCGCUUCAACUU